AUGUCUUUCCGAACAAUCUUCACAGCAGCGACUGCUCUAGUGGCCACCGCCAACGCCCACGUUCUUAUGAAAGCGCCUGUACCUUACAGCGUUGACAAGCUUGAUAACAGCCCAAUCACCAAGGCUCAGUAUCCCUGCAAGUCCCAGAAUGGAUUCACUGUCUCUACGAUGAACCAGAUGAAGGUUGGCGAGAAAAACACGCUUGAACUUUCCGGUAGUGCGGUUCACGGUGGAGGAAGCUGCCAGCUUUCGGUAACCCUAGACACCGAGCCUACAGCAGACUCUGUUUUCAAGGUCAUUAAGUCGAUGGAGGGAGGUUGCCCCGGCGUUGAUUCCCAGGCAAACUCAUACGACUUCGAGCUUCCUGACAGCAUUCCCAACGGCAAGGCCACUUUCGCUUGGACUUGGAUGUCAAAGCUAUCAGGUCAGCCGGAACUCUACAUGAACUGCGCGCCUAUUGAGGUUACUGGAGGCUCCGACGACAAGACGGCUUUCGAGAAGCUUCCCAACAUGCUUGUCAUCAACCUUGACGACUCCUGCGAAUCAGUGCCAAACUUCGCCGUUCAGUUCCCUGACCCAGGCAGUGUUGUACAGAAGGGUGCCACCAACGAUUUGAAGCCACCCGUUGGUGCCGCCUGCGGUUCGUCUUCUGGUACUCCUGCAGACCCAUCUUCCCCAGCUGGUGGUCAGCCGCCCGCUUCUCCUUCCGCUCCAAACGAUGGCCAGUAUUCUGCUGCUCCCACCUCCACAGCUGGAGGCGCGCCGUCUGCUGCUCCAACAUCCGUUGCUGGUGGCGAGCCAUCUCCUCUCCCAUCCAAUGGUGGCGGUGUCUUCGCUCCCGGAGCCUCCAGUGCUGCAUCUGGCGCUCCCUCAGCUGUGCCCACUGUUCCAGGCACUUCCACCACGCUCAUCACAGUCACUGCCUCGCCAACCGCUCCAUCGCCAGUCGCACCCACUGUCCCUGCUGGAACCGGCUCCCCUGCCACACCUUCCACACCUUCAGCUGGUGGUAGCUCAGGCGCUUGCACCGAGAACGGCUCAGUAGUCUGCAACGGCACCGACCAGUUCGGUCUCUGCAACAACGGCGAAGUCGUCUGGCAAGCAGUCGCUGCCGGCACACAAUGCACCAACGGCAGUAUCACCAAGCGUGGCUACCACGGCCGUAUCGCUCGCCCACGCCGGUCCAACCGCCGCCACGGUCACUAG